AUGCGGGCCUUCCAUCUCUCCUGGCUCUCAUUCUUCGCCUGCUUCGUCUCCACUUUCGCCGCGCCUCCUUUACUCCCAAUCAUCCGUGACAAUCUCAACCUCACCGCCGCCGAAAUCGGGUACGCCGGCAUCGCCUCCGUCACCGGCGCCGUCGUCGCUCGCAUCGCAAUGGGUGCCGCCUGCGACACGGUGGGCCCCGGCUCGCCUCCGCUUCCCUCGUCCUGA